UCUCUCUCUCCCCCUCCUUCCCCCUCCCUCCUCCUCUCUCUCUCUCUCUGUGUGGAAGUUAGGGUUUUCUGAUCCUCUUGUUCGAUUCCCCAAUUCACGGUUCGACUUCACCAGAUCACGAUUUUCGGCUUUGUAUUGUUGGUGCAUCUAGGUCACAUACCUAACCUAAGAGCCCAACAUUCUACAGAUAUUGUUGGUGCUUUAUGGUUGUUCUUGGUAAUUCUGUGGAAACAUCAACUCCAGUAAUAGAUACAGCUGAUCUGAGUUCAAUGAGAAUCUUCUGGUAUUACUUCCUAAACCGCAUCGUUUGUUCUCGUUAAUUCUGGGAAGGAAGCGUUUACGCUACCAGAGGAUUGUUGUAUCCAUGCUGGCAGAGAGCAUGCGUGGAAUCUGUGUUUCGGGUAAUGCCCCUGACGAGCUUUGCUGCCGAUACACUCGGUGUGUUGACCAUAUGUCUAGUUGCUCUCUUGAUCCUUCUUGGUUUCCUCUGCAUUAUUUACUUGUUUUACUUUCGCUCUCGCAUUCGUAGCCAGGGUUUUAUUCAACUUAGUUAUUUCAGUGGCCCUUGGAUUAUCCGAAUCACUUUCAUCUUGUUUGCAAUCUGGUGGGGUUUUGGUGAAAUUGCCCGUUUAAGUCUGUUGAGACGUGAGGGGAGACUGUUGAAUACCCUUAACUCGAAAUGGCAGGAGAAUCUUUGCAAAUGUUACAUAGUCUCAAACCUGGGGUUUGCAGAACCGUGCCUAUUUCUGACCCUCGUGUUCCUACUUCGUGCGCCCUUGCAGACAAUGGAGUCAGGAAUUCUAAGCCGAGAGGGGAAUGGGAAAACAGCUGGUUAUGUUCUUUUCUACUGCCUCCCAAUGCUUGUUCUUCAGCUCUUUGUUAUUUUAAUUGGACCCGAGCUCCACAAGAAUGAAAGUUUACGCAAAUUGCCUUCCUACUUCACAAGUACAGUGAACAAGACUGAUCACAUUGCCCUCUGCACUUACCCUUUACUGAGUACUAUCCUCCUUGGGAUUUUUGGCAUCAUUCUAACUGCCUACUUGUUUUGGCUUGGAAGGCAGAUUUUAAAAUUGGUCAUCAAUAAGGGUCUGCAGAAGAGGGUUUACACAUUGAUAUUCUCAGUUUCAAGUUUCCUUCCGUUAAGGGUUACUUUGCUUGGUUUCUCUGUUUUAUCUAAACCAGAGCACAUUCAGUUUGAAGUUCUUUCUUUCUUGGCUUUUCUUGCACUUUUAUGUUGUGCCGGGGUGUGUAUAUGCAUGCUUGUUUACUGCCCAGUUGCGGAUUCUUUAGCCCUGGGGAGUCUACAGGACUUGGAGAGUAGGAGGAGAGUUAAUGAUGAUCAAAAUGACACCAUUUCUCUUAUUGCUAACCAGAGUCAUAUGGAAGAAAGUUCUGGAAUCAGCCCUAGUAGAAACUCUGAUGUAUCAGCAAAGCGUGGAUCAAUUUCUUUUCGUACUUUAGAAAAGGAGGAGGGUUCUUCUAGGAUACCCUUUGUAGAACUGAGCCUCUUCUCUCCCAGUCGAGAUGCAACACCCCCGGAAUCACCUCCCCUCCUUGGCUGGCCAAUGCGUCCCCUUCCAUCAUCUCACUCACCCGUAGUUCAAAUUCAUGGAACCACAGAUAGAUAGAAGCAUGCAGCAAAACUAUGCAAGGGACUGAGUUCGGCUGGUCAAUAUCAAUAUCAAUUUUGUGGUAAAGAAAAACUGAUUGUAAAGGGUUUAGAUUUUUGAAUAAGGAUUUUUAUUCUUGGUUUGUUUUCUAGUUUAUUCAGAUUAGUGAUGGUUUUGCUUGCUUGAUGGAAUUCGUGGAUAUGAUCUUUCUGUUCUCUCCUGUACUAUUUUUAUAACCAUUUUUUAUUUGCAAGUUUAAGUUGCAUCCAUGUUCCAUUCCAUGCUGAAAUGAAGAUUCAAUUCUAUUAUCAGA